GGAUCCAAUGGUCGUAAAAUGGCAAUGCGGAACCAUAUUAGAUCGAUGUUCAAGUCGUGUGGUUGCCCAGCGCUGUUCAUGACUUUGAAUCCUGCAGAUAUACAUUCUCCCCUCAUGCAGGUUUUAGCGGGUAUCAACCCAGAAAUAAUCGGUCGAAUGACGGCAUUCGAGCGCGCCAAAGUCGUCGCGGACAACCCUGAUGCCGCUGCAAAAUUUUUUGACUUGGUCAUCACCGCCUUUCGUGAUUACAUCCUUCGAGCGAAUCGACCCGGAGGUGGUCUAUUCGGUGACUGUUUUGCUCAUUUUGGUACUGUCGAG